AUGCCUGAAAAUCUUUCGUUCCGUCGAUCUCCAAGAGCCUCUACCGCGCAGACAACCAUGGCGUCGGCGUUUCCCUGUGAGCCGUCGGUCGCCCAGACGGCGGCGAGCGCAGACAUUGCGUGCGCGAUGCCGGCCGCCUCUCCCUCUUCUUCUUCCUCCUCUUCUUCCUCCUGCAGUUCUUCCCUUUUCCGGGAUUUCUCGGCAGAGCCUUGCUCUUUGCUCACCGGCACAAAACCCGCCGGCUCCGCGUCGUCCGGCGCCUCCGCGCCAACUGUAGAGGGGAGCUCGUCGUCAGACCGGCUGUUGUCGGGUUCCUCUCUCUCGUCGGCGUCUUUGCCGUCGACUCGCCAGCGUUCUGCGCACGAUGAGGAGAGCACCUCUUCUCCACAAACGCUGCCUAAAGACUCGCGGACAUCCACCCCCAGUUGGAUGGCUGACGACGACCCCUUCGCCCAGAUCGUACGGCGAGCGGCGGCGCCUCCCGCCUCCCCAGACCCCGCGAAGGCCACGACGCUGCGCCCAGUGCGUGGGGAAGACGGCGACUUCCUCGAAACGGACUACAUUUCGGCGCUGGGCGCCGCCUCUCCGCCCUCGCACUCCAGCCGAGAUGCUCAAGACGCCGCAGCCAGUGGCGCCGCGGCCUCGCCUUUCGUCUUUUCGGAUGCAGACCUCGAGAUCCUUGCGUCUGGCCGCUCUGCGCAAUCCUCGCUCGAUGUCUCUCCGCAGGCCCUCGCCGCGCUGCCGGAGGGGGGCAGCGUCACGGCUGAGCGCGCCGAAGGCGCGGUGCUUCUGGCGCGCGCCGGCGCUUCGAACUCAAACGCGCAGCUUGGAGCAGCUCCCCGCGGAGACGCGCAAACGGUCGAUGAAGACUCCGCUCCGGCCUCGCGGAUGCAAAAAGAACUCCGCGACGAACUGGACGAGUUCCUCUCGUGUGCGGCUCACGUCUCGCCCGCCAAGAGGGCCGCUUCCGCGCCCCUGUCCGCCGCGGCCGCCCACGCCCCCUCCGCGCCGGCGCCCGCCGCCACGCCGUCCUCUGCCGCUCCCUCGCGCAGAGAGAGAGGCAAAGCCGCGCGUCCACAGGAGAGCCUGAGCGUGUCUCUGCUUGACGGCGAAGUGCUGCCUGUCGACUGCCUCGCGGAGAAGAGCGAUACUCGCGGCGGGGCGGAGGCCUGGGAGGGUAGCAGCGACACCGCCGCCUGCAGCCCCACUGCGGCGGAGUCAUGGACAGUCUUUGACAAAGAAAUGCGCGGCUGGGAGGAAGUCCAAAGAGAAGGGAGAAGAAAAGUUGCCGAUGUCGACGAGCGCCAGCUCGAGGACGCAGGAAAGAAAACCGUCUGGGUUGUGCAUCAAGGGUCCUGCACUCCGGUCUCCUGGUACGAAGACACGUCUGCGGAAGACGUGAAGGCGGCCGUGCUGUGCGCGUGCGACGUCAUGCUGGACGACGAGCUCGAAGAGCCGGCCGAGGGGAGACGCAGAAAGAAUCGAACGACGUUCGCCCUCCGCCAAAUCGAGCCUCUCCCUCAAACGGCCGACGUUGACUGCGGCUCUCUGUUUUUGGACGUGUGCGUGCUGGAGCUGCGCGACGAGCCCGGAACAGUUGCCCCCGCGAGUCUCUUCGGGGCGCCGGCGGGGGUCGCGGAGCCGAAGAAGCGCAUGCGCGUGAUGAAGGGCCGGCGCGUGCGGUUUGACCAGUUUGGGCAGCUGAUGGACGGCUGCACUUACAUGCUGGAGAAGUUCGAGGAGACAGAUUGCACGGAGGAGGAGGCUGAAGCGGAGCGAAGGAAGCUCCAGUCGAUCACUGGCGACCGCUGGCGCCGACUCCUUGUCCCUGUGCACCCUCUGCUGCACAUUGAGAGCCAAAAGGCAUUCGAGCGGAUGAUGCAAGGAACGAAUCUUUUGAAGCACACGCGGUACGGGUACCCGCACCUUCGGCAGUUUCAGCUGUCGAUGGACAGACGACGCCUGCUUUGGUACUCGUCCUCGAAGGCGAAGUCUUCCUCGGUGAUUCACUUGCCGCUGCUUCAGGGCCUUCUGUUUGGCCAAAAGUCGCAGACCUUUCAGAGCUACCGCCUUCCGGGGCUCCAGCACCUCUCGUUUUCCCUCGUCUUCUACACCUCCGGCGCUUCGCCGCCGCUAGAGGCCGACGCCGAGCCUGAGGACGACGAUGAGUUCGAAGGGGAGCCCGAGGAAGACGAAGAAGAGCGCAAGGCGCGGCGCGCCAUCGAGCUGCGGAAACCCGUCAGCGGCGCGCGCACACUGGAUCUGACCUGCAAAGACGAAUUUGAAUUCGACAUGUGGGUCACCGGCCUCAAGGCGAUCAUCGCCGCUAACAAGGGACUGCGCAUCAGCAAGAAGCUCCUCCUCUCCCACUCGCGCAGAUUUAGGCGCGCCCUCGCGCGAAACAACGUGGCGAUUAAACUGACCGCGUUGCCGGAGGUCAAGGAACCGGGGCAGGUGAAUCUCGACGACUGCAUGGAUCUACCGUGGCAUCCGCCGGAAGUUCUUCAAAAGAAAUACGAGGGACUCCAACGCAGGAUUCAGGCAGCUGCGGCCGAGAUAAAGCAAUUGGAUCAUCGCGAGAUCGCGCAGAGUGCCGCUGGAGACGUCUGCGCCUUGACGGGGGCGGGCCCCGCGUACGCGGGUGUGUACGGAGAUACUGCGGAAGUCGGCGACGACGAUAUGGAGCACCACAGGAUGGUUGAGCUCGUCCAUCAGGUUUUCAGCGUCCUCGCCAGCGCCCGCGUCGCCCUUAGCGCCUUCAAAUUGGAGAUCGAACGUCAGCGCGCCGCAGACCUGACUCCACUGGAAGCCGAGCCGCAGCAGGAAGACGCGAGGCGGGAUUCGACUUCUUCCGCGUCCUCUGUGCAGAGUGCAGCUGAGGAGGGGGAGGAGGGCGGAGAAGAGGUCGUCGUGAGCAUUUCUUCCUCUGGCGAGAUCAAAACGCGCGCCAAGGGCAAGCGCGAAGACGGCGCCGCGAGCGAUGAAGAGCAACUGAGCUUUGAAGAGAAAUUCAAAAAGUACUCCAGUCGCGGGGCAGCCUCGCUCGAGGCUGUGCAGGCCGUGCAGGAGCACGUGAAGGGCAGCGUUUUGCAGUUUUGGCAGCAGGCUGCGCCGAUUACGCAGGAGGCGCAGAAGUUCCUGGAGCAGGCCGUCGCGGCCGUGGUGGGCAGCGAGGAAGAAGACACUGAAAACCCCCCCAACGGCCAAGACUCGGCAAACGCCCGCGGGUGGUUGCCUGAACAAAUUGCGCAGCUGAAGCAGAUCAACCAGCUGCUGUGGAAGGCGGAGGUUGACUUGGAGAACGUCGAGGACAUGCUCGCGCGGCUGCAGCAGAGCCACCUGGAGCUCGCGAAAGGCCUCGUGGCCUCCGUGACAGACUUGAACCAAAAAUUCACUGAGGAAGUUCACAAGUGGGGCUCUCAGCUUUCUUCCUUCAUGACAGACUUCGUCAGCCGCCUCAACACCCUUCCCACGGCGCUGAUCGCGGACGAAGCGGCAGCCGCGCUGAGUGCGAGCGCCGCGUCGGUUUCUGCCUCUCUCACGGCAUCGCGACCUCGUGGGGCUACGUCCUCGCCCUCCGCGGCAGGGCGGCAGGAGACGCGGUCGCAGGAGGGCCCCUCGGGCCCAACUAGCCAGCCCCCUCCCCCGCCGCCGCCGAUGAUCUGA